AUGUCUCAGGAGAAUGACACAUGGACGAAAGAGUUGCUGGGGGAUGAGCUGACCGCCAUGAGGCUGCAGAAGCUGGAACAGCAGCGGCGGCUUUUUGAGAAGAAGCAGCGGCGGAAGCGCCAAGAGCCCCUCAUGGUUCAGGCCAAUCCCGACGCUUCCCUGCGACCCCGGCGACCAUGGAGGCGGAAGGAGCGCCUCGCAGGGGACCGCGGCCUUGGGAACCCUUUCCUCCAGGAGAACAUGCCAGAGGCACAUCUGUGCUCUGGCCUCCACAGUGCCCUGGGCUUCACGAUCUGCGGUGGAGAUGGCAGCGGCGAGUGUGACCCACUGGUUUCGCCGACAAAAGCAGGUAAUCUCGAGUCCUUGGACCUGCCUAUAUCCUAGAACUACACUCCCUCAGAAUUCAGGACUCUGGAACCUUUCUCUCCAAAGGAGCCAGGAAGGCCAGGAACCCAGGAUAUCUGGCCUUUUCCAGGUGACCUUGUCCCAAGUUCCUGGGACCCGGGUGUCCUGAGCCAGCCUUCUUCUGGCUUCUUCCACCCCUUAGGGGCCAAUGCACAGGAAGAGAGCAAAUUCCAGGAUGUUGGAGACGAAUAUGAGGACAAGCACCCGGAAGAGAAGAAAGAGGAGUCGGAGUCUACAGUGAACUCCCCAGGAGCUGCCGAAGAGGAGGUGUCGGAGGACCCGGAAGGCGAGAAAGACGCAGACAGCAGUGAUGUAGGAAGCUUGUCCUGCUCGCCAACCCGCGCCCUAGGCCCUCGACUGGGAGAAGACAUGGAAGCGUAUGUCCUGCGGCCAGCGCUGCGCGGCCGCAUAGUGCAGUGCCGCAUCAGCCGCGACAAGCGCGGCGUAGACAAGGGCAUGUUCCCUUUCUACCAUCUCUACCUGGAGGCGGCCGAAGGGCGGAAGCACUUCCUCCUGGCUGGACGCAAGAGAAAAAGGAGCAAAACCUCUAAUUACCUCAUUUCCCUGGACCCCACAGACCUGUCUCGGGAUGGGGACAACUUUGUGGGCAAAGUCAGAUCUAAUGUCCUGGGCACCAAGUUCACCAUCUUUGACAAUGGAGUGAACCCUGAAAGGAAGAAUUUUGUCCCGGAGACCACUCGGAUCAGAGAGGAGCUGGGGGCUGUGUGCUAUGAGACCAACGUCUUGGGAUUCCGAGGGCCCCGGAAAAUGACUGUGAUCAUUCCGGGAAUCGAUGACCAGAACCAGAGACUCCGCGUCCAGCCACAAAACGAGCAGGAGUCACUACUGUGUCGCCUCCAACGGGGAGCUAGCCAGGGAUUGGUCCUGCUACAAAACAAAGCCCCUUGGUGGAGCUACAGGAGCGGCGCCUACGUACUCAAUUUUCACGGUCGAGUCACUCGGGCCUCAGUCAAGAACUUCCAGAUCGUGCAUCCGGAUGACCCCGAUGCCCUCGUGCUCCAGUUCGGCCGCGUGGCCCCAGACACGUUCACCAUGGACUUCUGCUUCCCGCUUUGCCCCCUCCAAGCCUUUGCCAUCUGCUUGUCCAGUUUCGAUGGAAAGCUGGCGUGUGAGUAA